AUGAUUACGCGGCUCGCGCAUCUUGCGUGUACGGCGCUGGCCGCCUCAACUGCAACUGCUGCUAUUGUCGGCCCAGGCGGUGGUAUCGAAAUCGACACGGAUUCAGACUCCGCCUCGUUCUCGCCGUCUCCAAACCCGUUCCUACCACAGCACAUUCUCACAAAAACCCGCCUGCCCGCCGUAGAGUUGGCCAAGUUCAACGUCGUCGAUGAGUUCCUGGAAGCCCUGCAAGUGAUGCAGGACGACUACUUUGAGCCAUGGCUGGGCCAGUGGCCCAAGGCCAUUGACUGGACAGCCGCCGUCAUUGGCACACACGUUGCAGGCGCCCUCAGCUCGCUCUCGCGGGGCUUGACGGCUGAGAGCGGCCUCAAGGAGAAAGAGAACCUGAUAAUGACAUACUUCUCUCAGCUCCUCAGCUACUACUUUGGCCAGGACGCAUUCGCUAUCCGUAACGAGGCAUACGACGACAUGCUCUGGGUUGUGCUCGGCUGGCUUGAGGCGCUGCAGUUUAUUGACCUUCACACCUCGCUCUACCACCAAACAGCCGCGGACAGCAACACCGCCGCCUCCGACAUAAUCGGCCUGCGCAACCAGUCGUGGUACGGCAACCUAUGGACGCCCGCCUUUGCACACCGCGCCCGCAUUUUCUGGGACAUCGCCUCUCAAGGGUGGGAUGACAAGCUGUGCGGCGGCGGCAUGACCUGGAACCCUCGCCUCGAGCCGUACAAGAACGCCAUCACCAACGAGCUGUUCAUCGCGGCGUCUGCAUCCAUGUACCUCUACUUCCCCGGCGACGCUAAUGAUUCGCCGUUUCUCAAUGCCAACGACCCACGGGCGUCCGACCCGCUCGCCAGCAGUGCGAACGCGACCGGCCAUAGCAACAGCCCACACGAGGCCAAGCAUCUCAAGUUUGCCCUUGACGGUUACAAGUGGCUUGCGCACUCGGGCAUGAAGAACAAACAGGGUCUCUACGUCGACGGCUUCCACAUCAGCGGCUGGAAGAACAUCAGCAACCCCAACACCCGCUGCGACCAGCGCAACGAUAUGGUCUAUACCUACAACCAGGGUGUAUUGCUGACAGGCCACAUUGGCAUCUGGAAAGUGACGGGCGACGAACGGCACCUGUGGGAGGGCCACGUCCUGAUCCAGAACGUCAUCAACGCCACGGGCUACGACCUGGUCCGCGAUGGGCCCAUUGACGACAUUGCCGACCUUGAGCCGGGCCAGCUGUCGCCAUGGCGUGGCCUGGGCCGGGCGGGCGUCCUGGAGGACCAGUGCGACGUCGGCGGCCACUGCUCACAGAACAGUCAGACGUUCAAGAGCAUCUUCUUCCACCACCUGACCGCGUUCUGUGCGCCCCUCGACACGGCGUACGUCGGCACGCACCCGGACGGCAGCACACAACAGUCGCCGCUCGCGCGCCAACUCUACGAGCGCACGCUGAACGACCACACAAAGGCCUGCGCCGUCUACCUGGGCUGGAUCCGGCACAACGUCAACGCGGCCCUGGCGACGAAGGAUGCCGACGGCAAGUUUGGCAUGUGGUGGACGGCCGGACUGCUCAAGAUCAACUCAACGUCACUCGAGGCCUUAGGCGACACGAGCCCCGAGGGUCCCGGUGUCGACUACCGCACAUAUGGCGUGCCAAAUGACGACCUCUGGGUCUCGACUCCCGUUGACAGCGAACUGCCGACGGCACCGAUCCUGGACGAGCCGUCGUAUCGUGGCGGGGGCCAGGCGCCGUUGACGGGCGGGCGCGCAAAGAGCGGAAAGCGCACAGGGCACGCUUCUGGGGACGAUCGCGACAACAGCGUGAAUGCACCGCCCACGCUGGCGGGCCAUCCAACGGACCCCAAUACCCGUGGUCGCGGUCGGACCGUGGAAACACAAGCCGGCGGUCUUGCUGUUCUCCGGUGUUUUUGGGAGAUAUCGCAGCGUGCAUCACAUAUUGACUUAUAA